AUGAUUAUUCUUGAUGCAACAAAAAAGGAUAAAUUGGUUUGGAAGCAUGAUAAUGUUGAGCAUCCUUUUUCGUCAUCUGCUGUUUGGAAUGCACUUCGUCAACGGGGUGAAGAGGUGAAUUGGGCUCAUUUAGUUUGGUUCUCGAGUUGUAUUCCAAAGCAUGCUUUCAUCAUGUGGCUUAUUAUUCGUGAAAAGUUAUUAACACAAGAUAAAAUUCUGAAAUGGAGUCCAUCAAGACGGCUGAAUAUGAAUGUCAUGUGCUGCUCUCUUUGCAUUGCUGCUUUCGACUCUCAUAGCCACUUAUUCUUUGAAUGUAAGUAUUCUAUGCAAGUGUGGUUGAGAGUUAGAAAUGAUGCGUUUAUGCAGCACAUUCCACCGAAAUGGAAUGAUAUCAUGGACUGGCUCAAUGCUAGGGAACAAGUCUAA